CUGGGCGGCCUGCCCCCCGGCGGCGACUCGCACCCGCAGCACUACGGCCGCCUGCCCGGGACCAUCUGGAGCUACACGCAGGUGCGCCGAACGGGCGGCGGCGGCGUGGAGACCGUGCAGGGGCCCGGCGUGUCUUGGGUGCACCCCGAUGGCGUGGGCGUGCAGAUCGACACUAUUACGCCCGAGAUCCGCGCGCUUUACAACGUGCUGGCCAAGGUGAAGCGCGAGCGCGACGAGUACAAGCGGAGAUGGGAGGAGGAGCUCGCCAAGCGCAUGAACUUGCAGACCAUGGUGGACACGCUCCAGGAGGCGGCACAAGAGGCUGACGCCAUCCAGGAGGAGAUGAAUGAGAAGAUCGAGCGGCUCAAAGCUGAGCUGGUGGUGUUUAAGGGGCUCAUGAGUGACCCCAUGACAGACCUGGACACAAAGAUCCAAGAAAAGGCCAUGAAGGUGGACAUGGACAUCUGCCGCCGAAUCGAUAUCACAGCCAAGCUGUGCGAUGUCGCACAGCAGCGGAACUCGGAAGACGUGUCCAAGAUCUUCCAGGUGGUCCCCAAAAAGAAAGAGCGGAAGGUGGCUUCGGACGAUGACAUCUCUGAGCAGGAUGGAGAAGUGAACCGGUUCUCGGACGACGAGGUCGGCUCCAUGAACAUUACAGAUGAGAUGAAGCGCGUGUUCAACCAGCUGCGGGAGACCUUUGAUUUUGACGACGACUGUGACAGCCUGACAUGGGAAGAGAAUGAAGACACGCUGCUGCUCUGGGAGGAUUUCACCAACUGCAAUCCCACCAUCGACCUGCAGGGGGAGCAGGAGGAGAAUUUGGGUAACUUGAUCCAUGAGACGGAAUCCUUCUUCAAAACGAGAGAUAAGGAGUACCAGGAAACAAUAGGCCAGAUCGAGCUGGAGCUGGCCACAGCCAAGAGCGACAUGAACCGACACUUGCAUGAGUACAUGGAGAUGUGCAGCAUGAAGCGGGGCCUGGAUGUGCAGAUGGAGACCUGUCGCCGGCUCAUCAAAGGCUCUGCAGACAGAAAUUCCCCAUCCCCCAGCUCCGUGGCCAGCAGCGACUCAGGAAGUACAGAUGAAAUCCAGGAUGAGUUUGAGCGGGAGGCGGAUGUGGAGCCCAUGGUCAGCUGAUGUCUGAGGCCCUGAGUGCCUGGUGGUGUCGGAGAUGGGGCCCUGCCCCCUGCCCCCAUGGGGCCAUGAAGGCUCCUGGGGUAGGGCUCACGUCCUCACCACACAGACUUCCUACGUCCUCCCUUCUCUGGAGGCCCCGAGAGACUGCUGCUUCCUUCCUUCCUUCCACACUCCCCACCACCAACCAGUGCCCCUUCUCCAUCCUUCCACCCAAGGAAUGGUGCUGUCAAUUUCUAUUGUUCUCCACAUCACAAAUGCAGACUUCUGUCCAGAUGAUGCAGUGUUAACUGUGCCUUUUCCCUUAAGCUGAGCCACUUUGAGCUCCAAAGAAUUAUUCCUAGCAGGUGUUUUUAUACAAAACUCUAAGGUGACGGCGGGGGCCCCGGGCAUGGUAUAAUGUGGUUUUCUACCCUCCCACCUGCUCCUCUGAUUGGCCAUGAACUCUGCCCUCCCUUCUUCUACCUGCCAGCACUGAGUUGGGGCUUGGGGUAGUCAGCCUCCCCCAGGAAGGAGCUGUUUGCUUCUGCAACCUUUCCAGGCCUGGGUGGGGACCUCCCAAAUGUUUCUCACUCAUUGAAAGAGAGAAAGAUGGAAGGAGGGAGCAAAAACACAUUUUUAUUUUCUUUUUGGAUCGAGUGGCAAAGUGAAGGGAUGAGGCACUGUAGGGGGAGGUAGAGCCUCACUAUGUUUAAACUACUAUGCAAAAAAAACAAAACAAACAAACAAAAAAAGCAGCUUGCCUUAUUUCAUUGUGGAAGGUAGGCCCUCUCCUGGACCCAUGGUUUCCCCCUGGAGCUGGGAGGGAGGCAGAAGCUAGGGCCACCUCUCUUGCAGCCUUUGAGGGUGAGCACUGUCUUGGGAGGGGAGUUUGGUCCAGGUUGGUAGCUAGGCCUGGGUUCCUGCAAGGCCCUCAGCCCACCUGCUUGCUUGCUUUGGGACCUUGUUGGUUUGGGAGGGUCUUUUAUUGCCCCAGUGACUUGAUGCUCUUUCCCCCAUCUCCAGCCAACUCCAAGGUAUUACAGACCUGUGAUUUCUCUGUGAGAAAGUCUGAAGGGGGCCAGGCCACCCCCUUUCACAGUGGAGCUCUGGUUAGUAUUGGCCUGCUGCCGUCUUGAUUCUCCACUGUCCCUAAGUUGCCCGCUGUUUGACCACUGGCAGGAAAGAGGCAUUGGAAGGGGGAAGGGAGGGAGGCAGUGAGGGCUGCUGGCAGAUUGGAGGUGGUGGGAUUAGAAGCUUGAGUGAGGACUAUCCUCUGUUCCGCUCAUGGACAUAUGCAAGCCUCUGUUCGUAAUUCACUGACUGACUGACCAGUUGGGAAGUUCAUCUGAGUCAGUAGCUACCCAAGACUUGAGCGGCCCUGAGUUGCAGGGCACUGUGUUGAGACCACCACCACAUCUUAACUUGGAGACAGCCUAGCAGGC